AUGAAGGAGGGUCUGGACCCAGAGACCUUCUGUUACCCACAUCUGAACUCCUCCUGCAGGAGACCCAGCCUUCCUUAUGUGGAGGCCAUGCUCAUCUACGUCCUGCUGUCCUUCAUCUCUCUGCUCACAGUGGCCCUCAACCUCCUCGUCAUCAUCUCCAUCGCUCAUUUCAGACAGCUGCACACAUGCACCAACCUGCUGCUCCUCUCUCUCGCCGUCUCCGACCUCUUUGUGGGCCUCAUCCUGAUGCCCGUGGAAAUAAUCUACAUCGAGAGGUGCUGGAAUCUGGGCGACGUGGUUUGCAGCGGCUACUACCUCAUCGAUUACGUCAUCACCUCCGCCUCCGUGGCCAACAUGGUGCUCAUAUCUGUGGACCGCUACAUGGCCAUCUGUGACCCGCUGAGCUAUAACAGUAAAGUGACCACACAGAGGGCCAAGCUGUGUGUGCUGUUGUGCUGGCUCUGUUCCAUUCUUUACAGAGUAGCAACGAUGCACGACCAGUUAGAACACCCCGGAAUGUCCAACUCCUGUGCCGGGGAGUGUGUGGUCAUCAUCAACCAUGUGUCCGGUGCCAUUGAUCUGGUCUGCACUUUUAUCAUUCCUAUUCUCAUCAUCAUCAUUCUAUAUCUGAGGAUUUUCGUGGUGGCGGUGUCACAAGCCCGAGCGCUGCGUUCCCAAAUGUCUGUGACCACGCAGCAGAAACGACAGGAGACGGCAAACAGGCAGGAGCUGAAGGCGGCCCGCAUCCUAGGACUGGUGGUGGUUGUGUUUUUGUGUUGCUUCUGUCCGUACUACGUGCCCAGUCUGGUGGGCGAGGACACGGCCGUGGACGCCUCCUCGGUGGACGUCGAGAUUUGGUUGGCUCAUUUUAACUCAUGUCUUAACCCCGUCAUCUACGCCUUUUUCUACCCAUGGUUCAGGAAGUCCAUCAAACUGAUUCUGUCUCUGAAAAUAUUCAAGUCUGGAAGCAAAGACCUGAGAGUCGCUGAGACUCUUUGA